ACAAGCACAAGCGCAAAACAAGAGUGUGAGCUGCGUCUGACAGUUGUCUGGCUUCAGAUAUUUGUUGAUAUAAGAUUUAGUGCUAUCUGAAGUUAUUCUUAUUGGGCUAAUUUAACGGACUAUUGCACGUAAUAUAAUCAGCGUUUAUGGCCAGUGACUUGUUAACCAAAAAUGUUUGGGUCGCUCCGGGGCAGGACGCGCUCGACCACUGUAAACCCGCCGCACCACCAAUGACGGGCAGGCUAAGGGGAGGAGGUGGAGAAGCAGAAAAAGAAGAAUAUGGUCAAGUCCUCUACAACAUGAGAAAUAUAAUGAGUGGAAGCUCUUCAUUUCAUGACUACAAUCUGGGUAAAUGUGAGAUGGACAAAUAUCUGUCACCUCACCCUCAGAAAGUCCCAGACACCCGACAGCCAUCUUUCACAGAGGACCUUAGUACCCCAUACAGCAUCAACAUGAGCCUCCUCCUCCCUGAUGUUAACUACUUGCGCCCCAGCUUGUGUCGGCCUAUGAGACCCAUCAAGACAGAGCCUCUCUCCCACUCCCUCAGUUGUCAGGAUAACCCUGGUCCAACAACCCUUCCAGAAGACCCUGAGCUUUAUGGCACUUCAAUAGGUACAGGAAGUAAUGUGUUCAUCAAACAGGAAAUGCCCUCCCUGGACUUCCCAGAUGUUCCGUUGUUCCAGCUGUUGAACUCUGAGCUGGACCAGCCAGUUCCCGGUCAUCCAGUGAACUCCAAUCCCCACCGUGAAGUCCCUGUAUCCACCUUAUCUGUCCCUUUCAGUAACAUCCACUUAUCGCCCCCCCAGACUGCAGUCAAUUUAAUGGGAUGUCCACAAAAUGGCAGCUAUCCUCUGACAAAUCAGUUCUCAAGCCACUUGCAGCACAGACCAGCCUAUCUUCCUCCGUCCCCGCCCAACUCUGAGCCAGGGAGUCCAGACAGAAGAAAAGAGCUAGGACAGAAUCCUUCUCCACCUCCAUCUUACGCUGCAAGUAUUGCCUCCAAAUUGAGUCCUAGUCUUCAGCCACUCCAAAGCACAGUUCUAGGAUCAGUUCAGUGCUCCAGUCUUGGACAAACUCAGGUUCCAGAUCUUGGACAUGGGCAAAGUUCUAGUCAUGGAUCAGGCCAGAUCGCUGGUGUUAGGCCAGUGUCCCCAACUUUGGCCCAGUCUGGCCCAGGCAGGUAUAACCGUAGGAAUAACCCUGACCUGGAGAGGAGGAGGAUACAUCAUUGUGAUGUUCCAGGAUGUAAGAAAGUCUACACCAAGUCUUCCCAUUUAAAGGCCCAUUUGCGAACCCAUACGGGAGAGAAGCCGUACCAAUGCUCCUGGGAGGGGUGCGAGUGGCGCUUCGCUCGCUCUGACGAGCUGACUCGCCACUUCAGGAAACACACAGGGGCCAAGCCCUUCCAGUGUGGUGUGUGCAACCGCUGUUUCUCUCGGUCUGACCACCUGGCACUACACAUGAAAAGGCACCAGAGCUAGAGAAAUCUACAUGUACUGUAUGUAUUUAAAAUUGGAUGAAAGACAUUAUUUUCCCCACAGGAUUAGGCUUUAUGUGCUUACUGAGAAAAAACACAACAAAUAUUAAGGAAUGUGAGGACAAAUUUUUUUUUUAUUAUAUCUGUGUAUCUUACACUGCAAUGUGGGUGUAGAUUUUCCAAGUAUUUAUUUCAGUAAAUAUUGGCAGAUUUAUUUUUGAAUAAUCAAAAAGGUGGAAAAAGUCAAACUAUAAUGGUACAAAAGCUACUUUUAGAACAGUAUCCCCAAACCUCUGCUAAAAUAUCUGCAUUCAAAACAUGCAGUAUAUUUGAUCUAUUCCAAUCUGGCACAUCAGAUCGAACUUAUCUUGGAGUUGACAAGGUGGUAAGUUAAUCAGGGUGUAAUCAUCCCUCCAAACAAGCUGUUUUAGUUGGAAUUUGUGUUAUUGCAAUAGUUUCUAUUUAGAAAAAUGCAGGUAGGUCCCUCAGUGUUCUGUUUGAUAAAAGGUUUUGCAAACUAAAACAUUUUGUUUGGCAGAACUAAUACAUUUCAGUUGUGCUAGUUCUGGAAUAUAUUGGACAAGUGGAACAAUUGGGUUUACUCAAUCUACAGAGUCAUCUCUGCUUUUUCUACUGAGUAUUGCCAAAGAAAGGCAAAUUAUUGAGAAUGUAUUGCUAUUGACGUGGAUGACCACCUUUUAAUACUGUAAACUUACAAAGGGAAUUCUAAUAUUUUUUUAAAUCUUGUUUUACAAUUAAUAUAAAACAGCUUUUCCAAGUGCCUUUUUAAUGUUUUAUGAAUUCAUUAAAGAAAUUGUCUGUUACACUGAAAAAUGUACAUUUGUUUGCUGACACAUUGUCUACAAAUUGCGUUAUACAAUAUGUUUUUAUAAUAGAUAAUUUGAUUGAAUAAAUUGAUUAUUAAGAGCUAUAAUUUCAGGUUAAUUUGUUUAUGUAAAUAUGUAUUAUUUUCUCUAUUUCUAAAGCUGUUGUCAAUGUUUUGUUUAUUGCUCUUCUAUACUGUAAAGAUUAGAAUUACACUUACUUGUAAAUAGUGCUUCACAUAUUUUUUAUGUGUUCAGCAUUUUGAGAUUGCCUACUUGUAAAAUAUAUAGGCCAAGACAGCUACUUGAGCAAAAGGAAAAAAUAUCUAAUAAACGUUUGGUUUACAAUGUAUGCAAUAAGAAAAGUUGUUAUUGCUUUCAUGUUACAGUACAUGUGGAAUAAGCAUGUAUUGAUAUUGUAUUAACAAUACAUUUUAGAAUCUCACACCUCUAUUGACACUAGCCUCUGAGAAAAGAACAUCACCAAUCUGCAUAGGCCUUGCAUAGAAAACACUUGUUUAUCUUAUCAUUUCUUUUUAACAUUUGCUAAUUAUUUGUGUUUGAAAUGUCAUUUGUCAGUUUCUUGUAGAGCAAAACCAAGACAAAAAUGUAUGUGGCUUAAUGUAAAAUAAAUUAGGUUGUCACACCUUUGCAAAAUCCCA